AUGACAAGCCACAACGUCGGUGCGCUUUUGGUGAUGAGGCCAGACACGAGCGGGACGAUCGCGGGAAUUGUUACUGAAAGAGAUUACCUCCGGAAAAUCAUUGUACAGGGUCGGUCUUCGAAGACCACAAAAGUUGGCGACAUCAUGACUGACGAGAAUAAGCUUAUCACUCUCACACCGGAGACACGGCUGCUCAAGGCCAUGGAGAUCAUGUCGGGUGAGUAA